AUGGACUAUGAAUCAUGCUUUGAAAGAAUCUGGAGGGCAGGAUUACUAAGAAAAGCUGCAGCAAAUGGCAUUAAUGGAAGACUCUGGAUGUACUUGAGAAGCUACCUGAAUGACAGACAUUAUUACAUCAAAGUAAACAAUAUGAAAUCAGAAACAAUGACAUCUACUGUUGGAAUUCCUCAAGGAUCUGUACUAAGCCCUACACUGUGUAACCUGUAUACCAGUGAUUCCAUGGAAGCUGUUACAGGUAGGCAUACAGAAUAUGCUGAUGAUGCAGGUCUCUGGAACAGUGACCAUAGUGUUGAAACAGCAGUACUCAAAACUAACCUAGACUUAGAAAAAAUAACAAGAUGGUGUGAUCAGUGGAAUAUGAGAAUUGCUCCAGAAAAGACUGAAGUCCUUGUUUUUGGAAAGAAUAGAGAUAACCUUGAUCAGACAAAUACACACAUUUUCCUGAAAAACAAAGAAAUCACUGUUAGUAAAAGUAAAAAGGUUUUAGGGAUAAUCAUUGAUGAUAACCUUAAAUUUGAGCAACAUAUCAAGGAGAAAACAGCUGCUGGUUUUGGCGCUUUAAAAAGUAUAGACAUGUUUGUAACGCAAAACUCUGGAUGUACUCAGUCUACCUAUAUGAAACUAUAUAAAUCCCUUGUCCAGCCAGUUUUUACCUAUAGGGUGGCAGUGAUUCCUACAGCUUCAAGUGACUACAAUAAAUGCUUCGGAUCAAUUCCGAGAAGUGCCAUGGUAAAGGCGUCAGGUUGCCUGUCUAGUACAAGUACAGAGGCACUAGAGAUCCUCAUAAACUGUAUACCAUUGGACCUGCAGAUAAAAUUGAUACAGGCACAAGAGGUCAUCAGAAUUGCAGAAAAGAGAGAGACAGACCCUUUAAAGGAGGAAUUUAACAAUUGGCUAUCUGACACUAAUAGUUACAAAGGGAAACCAACUACCUUCCAACUGCUCAUGACAAUAUUUAAUGAACUGAGGGGCACUUUGAAGCUUGAAAAUAUAGAAAGAGAAUUUGAAUAUAGCAGAGAACAUUAUGGUUUGUCAAGAAGAAGGGAACAUGUGCAUACAGAUAAUUUCAAAGUAGACAAAGAUAUGCAAGUAGACAAUAUCAGAGAGAUAAUAGAUUCUUGUGAUGACAACACGGUUUUAGCAUUUACAGAUGGUUCAGCACUUGGCAACCCAGGUCCCACUGGAGCGGGCGCUGCAGUUUACUUGGAAGGCUACUCUUCUAUACCCAUCCUGCUCAACAGGGGAGUAAGCAAAAAUAGUAACAACUACUCAGGGGAAAUAGUGGGAAUAGAGAUAGCACUGGAAUUUCUGGCUGAUAUAAAUACAAUCACUGGUAGAAAGAUCCAUAUAUUUACAGACUGCCAAGCUGCAAUCAUGUCUGCUUUUUGCAAGGAAAUCCCCACCAACAAAAUUGAGGCCAUCUCAAACAUCAAGAAAUAUUUAGCUGCAAUUGAAGAGAGACAAAAUCAUACAGAGGUUCACUGGAUUCCUGGACACAAAAAUUUGACUGGAAAUGAGCUGGCUGACAAACAAGCAAAAUUGGCUGCAACAGAAAUGAGCAUGGCAGAAACAGAAGAGAAAGGGAUGUUAGAUGCUAGAGAAGCUGUGACUGCUAUGAAAAGUAAGGCUGUUAAAAAAUGGAACAACAAAUACUUAUUAUCAGAUAAAACAGAUACCAUACAAGAAAUUUUCAGCAGGGCAGGAUCAAGGAACUGUACAGGAGAAGAAGACAGAAAGAAAAAACUUUUCAAUAUUAAACCAACUGCUGUGUGGUCACAGUAAAUUAAGAAAUCAUUGGUCUAAAAUUGAUAAGGACUUAUCCAAGUAUUGUGAACAAUGCCAAAUUCCAGAAACAGUUGAUCACUACAUUUUCAAAUGUUUAAGAUUCUCUUCACAAAGAGAUACACUUGAAAGGACAGUUGAGGACAUACUAUACAGGAAUAGCAUAGACUGCAGCACCAUUUCCAUGUCUACACUGGCAGGAGAAAUAGAGGAUGUGACAGUCACUGCAAAAGAAGAACUUGUCAAAGCUUUUGCAGCAUUUAUAGAAUCAUCAGGCAGAUUUUAUUAAAUGACAUUGAAACAACUUCCCUCAAAUUUAAUACAAUAUUUUCAUAUUAAUAAAGUAGCAAAAGUGAAAAAGCACAUUGUGUAAGCAACCUGUGAUGACAACGAUAAUGCACAUAGUGGUCAACGCUACAACAAAAGCGGAAACGAUCUACACACACACAAACUGUAUAUUUAUACUUUUAAUGAAUUUUUCUCAAUUAUGAAUGGAUAAUUUGGAUAAAACACAACCACUAAACUCGAAAAUGGUCGUCCAUAUGCACUGGAAACAGAUUAUUGUGAUAUAAAGGACUGUCUUUUUUUCAACUUCGUGAUGCAAUUCGGAUAGGUACCCAAUGUCGGAUUCCCUGAGAAUGCCUCAUUACCACAGAGUUAUUGCGUUGAACAGUCGUCCUUGAUCAUUAGUCGAUGGAUAGUGGGUCACAAGAAAUGGAUAUAAACGACUGAAUCUGGUAAAAUAACCAGGUGACCAACAUGACCAAGUGACUGCCAAGCUUUGAAAAUGCCUCUUUUGUAAAUGCAGCAAUUGACGUUCAAGUAACAGGAUAACACCUGACUGCCGUAUGUCUUAGUUCAAAGAAGCAGAAGAAUGGUUUAAUUUGUAAAUGCUAAUGAUGUAAAAACUACACUCAAGAGACAGACCUGGUGACAGUAUUGCAGGUUCAGGAAGUUGUUCAUACAGUUCAAUAUAAACCUCUUGAGGGAAUCAGUUGAGGAGACUAACCGUCCAGUGUGUUGGUUUAUAACAUGUUUAAACACAGAUAAUAAUGAGAUAUUGGUACACUCAGAAUCAACGUGGAAACUGUUGGUGAGAUGUGUACAUCAUUCAGCUUUGGAAUCCUGGAACUCAUGAAGUGCAAUGUUCAAAUAGCACUCAGUUCAAUGUUUGAAGAACGUUCAAUGGUAUUUCUGUUUUGCUUGAACAGAACAGUACCGACUCCCAUUACAGUUGUAGAAUUAAGUGACGUGGAAGGCACUGUAGCUCAGCCUAAUUAUUAAUUGUACAAGAAUGUAGCCUGUACAUAUACAUGUUGUAUCAAGAGGAAGUGAAAUUAUUUAUAUGCAUGUCCAGAAGUGACUAGCUGUGUACAUGGAUGUCUUUGUAGAAAACUCAUUAUUGUUAAGUUUUAAACCUUUGCUUUAGUUGCUAUAAAAUUUUAUUGUAAAACUGAUGAAAUAAUCAGCAUCUUUUAAUAUUCUUAAGGAUCACUUAUUCAUAUGAUGGAUUAUUUCUAUUGCAAUGUACUGCUAACUCACAUUGUUGUCACUGUUAUGAUAUGUCACUUAAGGUAUUUCUGCACGUUUGAAAAACCGGAAGUGAUUGCAUAACGUCACUUAUCUGGAAAACGUAGAAUAAUGCCCUGAUUCGGCGUACGGAAACAAAAAUCAGUUUAUGAAUUAAGGACAACCUGUGAAUAAAUAUAUUAAAAUGGCACUGUUACUAUCUUUCUAAAGUUAAAAUAUGAUAUUAAAACAUCUUACACGUUAAAUAAUCUAAAAUAAUGUCUUAAAAUUAGCUUGAAAUAGGCAGUUCACUUUAAUCAUAGCCAAAUAUCUCAAAAAUAAGCACAUGGACCUAUACAUUAUUAUUUCGUCGUAUUAUAGGCCAUAUGUCUGUUUAUGACUCUGAGAAGUUUCAUUAAAAUCUACAUUGCAGAAAUAUUUCUAUUUGCGAAAAUGUUUUGAAAAUUGCGUUUUUCCCAUAGACUCCCAUUAUGAAAACUUGCGUUAGGUCGAAAUUUUUCAAAUCAGUCUAGCAAAAAAUCAAGCACACAACCCUAUCUUUCUUAUUUUCUGAAUUUUCUUAGAAUAUUCCGAAAUUUUGAAAAAUCAGAGUUUAAUCAAAUUCUACAUUGUAGAAAAAAUUUCCGGUCCUGAAGUGCAGAACUACCUUAACAGAAUGCGAUGCCAUGUAUUUAUGAUUUACUUCACAUUUUUGUAUUUCAUCAAUAAAACAUUAUUAUCAUUAUAAAUUUAUAAUAUAUAAAUUGAGAGGAAUAAAUAUGUUAGGAAACAGUAAAGAUUUUGCUUACUAAUUGUAAUACAUAGAUUUUCCCUGUUUUCCUUGUAUAUAGGUACCAGUAAUUGUA